ACGGCGGCGAGGCGCCCCCGGCCAAGCGGCCCAAGGCGGCGGGGCGGGCCCCCCGCCCCGCCAUGCCGCACGGCUCCCCCGCGCCGCGCCGGCAGCCGCCGCCCGCCAGCUCGCAGCGUCGCGGCCUGCCCAUCUUCCAGGCGCGGGGGCCGCUGCUGAGCCAGCUCCGCGGCCUCGACAGCGCCGUCCUCAUCGGAGAAACAGGCUCAGGGAAGACCACUCAGAUCCCUCAGUACCUCUACGAAGCGGGAAUUGGCCGCCAAGGCAUCAUUGCUGUGACCCAACCUCGCAGAGUAGCAGCUAUAGCCUUAGCUACCAGAGUCUCGGACGAGAAGAAGACAGAGCUGGGGAAACUGGUUGGCUAUACUGUACGCUUUGACGAUCUUACAUCUGAUGAAACGAGAAUCAAGUUUUUAACAGAUGGAAUGCUGCUUCGCGAAGCUAUUGGGGACCCUAUGCUGCGGAAGUACAGCGUUGUCAUCCUGGAUGAAGCCCACGAGAGGACAAUCCAUACUGAUGUACUCUUUGGAGUGGUGAAAGCUGCACAAAAGAAACGAAAGGAACUGGGCAAACUGCCACUAAAAGUGGUCAUCAUGUCAGCUACGAUGGAUGUUGACCAGUUCUCCCAGUACUUCAAUGGAGCUCCUGUUCUCUAUUUAGAAGGCAGGCAGCAUCCCAUUCAGGUCUUUUACACCAAACAGCCUCAGAGUGAUUACCUCCAAGCAGCACUGGUGUCAGUCUUCCAAAUCCACCAGGAAGCACCCUCUUCUCAGGACAUCCUGGUGUUUCUGACUGGUCAGGAAGAAAUUGAAGCAAUGACCAAAACAUGUCAAGACAUUGCCAAGCAUCUCCCUGAUGGCUGCCCACAGAUGAUGGUGAUGCCUCUUUAUGCUUCUUUGCCCUACUCUCAACAACUCCGCGUCUUUCAGGCUGCCCCCAAGGGCUGUCGCAAAGUGAUCCUCUCCACCAACAUUGCAGAAACCUCCAUCACCAUUGCGGGAAUAAAAUACGUUGUGGACACAGGCAUGGUCAAAGCAAAGAAGUACAGCCCUGAAAUUGGUCUGGAAGUGUUGGCAGUCCAGCGGGUGUCGAAGGCCCAGGCUUGGCAACGCACAGGGAGAGCAGGGCGAGAGGACAGUGGGAUCUGUUACCGGCUCUACACAGAGGAUGAGUUUGAGAAGUUUGACAAAAUGACAAUACCUGAGAUACAGAGGUGUAACCUGGCCAGCGUGAUGCUUCAGCUUCUUGCCCUGAGAAUUCCCAAUGUGCUCACCUUUGACUUCAUGUCCAAACCAUCUCCUGAUGCCAUUCAAGCAGCAAUUGAGGAGCUGGACCUGCUGGGAGCUGUGGAACGAAAGAAAGAUCAUAUUGUCCUAACCCCCCUGGGAAGGAAGAUGGCAGCCUUUCCACUGGAACCAAAGUUCUCUAAAACCAUCCUCAUGUCCCCCAAAUUCCACUGUACAGAAGAGAUCCUGACCAUCAUGUCGCUGUUAUCAGUGGACAGUGUCCUCUACAAUCCCCCUGCCCGGCGGGAUGAAGUGCAAUCCGUCAGGAAGAAAUUCAUCUCCAGUGAGGGGGAUCAUCUUACCCUGCUCAGCAUGUACAGGGCCUUCAAAAAUGUCAGUGGCAACAAGGAAUGGUGCAGAGAGAACUUUGUCAACAGCAGGAACAUGAUGCUUGUGUCAGACGUCAGAGCUCAGCUCAGGGACAUUUGUGUAAAGCUAUCGAUACCGAUUCAGUCCUCCCGCUCAGACACGGGAAACAUCCGCCGCUGCCUGGCUCACAGCCUCUUCAUGAACGCCGCGGAGCUGCAGCCGGACGGCACCUACAGAACUGUGGACUCUCACCAGUCGGUGGCCAUCCACCCCUCCUCCGUGCUCUUCCACUGCAAGCCAGCCUGCGUGGUUUACAACGGGCUGCUUCACACCAACAAGUGCUAUAUGCGGGACCUGUGCGUGGUGGAUGCAGACUGGCUGUAUGAUGCAGCACCUGACUAUUUCGGCAAGAAGCUCCGAACAGCCAAGAACUGACCUGUGGGUCUGGGACCAACAGGUUCAGGGUUUUUAGGCUGACCCUAAAAGACUAUUUUUUUGUUUUGUAAUGAAUGUAUGGGAGCAGUAGAGCUUUGUCUUGCAAAAUGGGUAAAAACCUUAGAGGAAAGUGUCUUCUCCAUGAGAGCCAGGCCUCACAAGUGUCUGUGGCUUAGAACAGUUUAACAGUUAAUCUGUAAAAAGGGGAACAUAGUAUGUACUCUGUGUGCUGGUGUAUGUGUGUGUGAUAAACCUAUACUGGGGGGGGAAGGGGAGCUGGUAUCAGAUUCCAGUUUUUAACACUUACUGAAGUUUAACAGGCUUAGAUAGGAAAUGAAAUCCUAAGAGCUCUUCUGAGCAGAUUUUGUAUUUUUGACGAUUGUGCUUUUAUCCUUAGCAGGUUUUAUUGGGGAAAUAGGAGAAAAAAGUUUUAAAUGUCUACAUACAGGGAAAAAAAUGCCUUUUUUUACUAUUUCUAGAAGGGAGGUGCUACUGUCUUUUACUUCAUCAAACAUCUUUCUGCCUGCAUGUCACGUUCACUGUCUUACUUGGGACCUUACGAAGGCCAGUAGUGGGAAUGCCUGCUUGGACAAGGUCUUCACUGCUUGUGUCUAAGCCUCAGGGGCUGGCAGUGGUUUCUUGGAGAGGUUGUCCAGCUGCCUGCAUGUUUGGCAUCAUCUUUGUUCACCCUUUUGCUGUUAGGGCAUGUUGUUCCUCAGCAAAUACUUCUGGCUUUUCUGACUCUUGUCUGUGCACUUCUAGCUUUGGAGUUGGCACACCAGCCACAACAGCUAAUCACGCCAAUUUGAGGGAGACUUAGCAAAAUGAGAGUGAAGAUGUGGUUUAGAGAUUGGACUUCCUUUAAAGAUCCUUGAUUCAUCAAAUGUUUGUGUCUUCUGCUCUGACACCAGUGCUUCUUCCCCAUUCUGCCUCCACCAACCCUGUGCCGGUUAUACUUUGGUUUUCCAUUAGAAGUUUGGAGCUUGACAUUGUCAAGAACCACAGAUCUACCAUUAAUAUCGAUUAUUUGGGUUUUUUCUUCCAUAUUCCCUUGGCAUCUACCCAUCUCUUUUUUUCCUGUUGGAGAAAAGUGGCAAUACCAAACUAAUCGUCUUUUUAAAUGCUGGAAUUAAGAAACUAGUCCCACUCUAAAGGGAAAACUUGUUCUUUAAUGUGCAGGAAUUUAAUGUGAAGGAAAGUGGAUUUAUUCCAUUAUCACUGUGUGUUGGUGGGGGGAAAAAUGUUUUUAAAUGAUAUCCUAAGUACUUCUAAAAUAACCUCUCUAGGAGAGGUAAUUUCCGGUUUCAACAGAGUCUGUUGACAUAGUGUAAUUUAUACAGAUUUUUGGACAAGUUGAACUAAAGCUGGUUAGGUGUCUGAAAGGGUGGAAGAGGAAGCUGUUCUGCACAUGCAGUAUCAUUGUGUAAUAUAAUGGGGUUAGUUUACAUGGGCUGUGAUGGGAUUGUCCUUGUAUCCUUUAAAUAGCAACUUUUUUUAAAAAACAGCUUAUAACAUAUUAAUAGGGCUGCUCAGGGAUGCAGUCAUAUUGACUAUUGGCAAGCCCUUAUUCACUCCAUUUGCUUGGGGAAAGCUGCUGACUUUGCUUGUGAUCUGUGGGGACAAGCUGCAUUUGCCAUGUAAUAAUUUGUCCUUUCUGGUUACACGCAAAACAGUUACACAACACAUUGUAAUAUGCCUUUUCUUUGGGCUCCAGUAUUGGCUUACCUUGGUUUUCUCUUUGAAAACUGGGGCAAAUACCUCCUUUGUUCUUUUUUCUGCUGUUAACCGGAGCAUCGCUUGUGCUGAUCUGCAAAUAAAUUGCCAUCUCCCAAAGAGUGUAAGCAGGUACCUGGUGUACCUGGAAUGGUCUCAUCUCUCAGCCUGUUCGUAGGAAGGGUGAUACUGAAUGUCUGCAGGGGUGCAGUGGAAAGGCACACACAUCCCUUUGUUGUGCCUCUUCGCAAUAUUGUUCUUUAGUGGUUUGAAAAAAAGAAAAAAAAAAGGGGGGGGGGAGGUGACUUGUGACUUGCUAUUUUUGUAUGUAUGACCAGCUGCAGUUUUGGAUUGAUAUUUCAAGAGUAUGCAGCUAUUUCAAUUGUUCUCACUUACAUGAAUUGCAGGGAAUUGUUGAAGCACUGUAUCUGUUUCUUGGUUUUAUAGACUUUGCAUCUGUAGGGGAAAAUGGAGCAUAAGCACAGUUUGUUUGGGCAGUCUUAAACAGACUUUUAAGUUAAGAGGGAGGGGAUGGGUGUUUAUUUCAAAGUAAUUUGUAUAUUUUUCCCAAAAUAAAGAAGUGAUGGCAAAAAUCCAA